AUGAGCCAGAACCAGAGUCACCUUCAAACGGAUCAGCUGCUCUUCGAGGAGAAGCCACUCCAUGUGCCCUCACUCUCGGAACUGCAAACAGUUAUACAGGGUGCUUUGAGUGAGAAUUUCCGAACGGCGGAGGUGACUGUGGGUGCAUGUCCGGAUCUUAAGGACUCCCAAUUUGGUCUGGUGGAAAGUGGAUUAGGUGGCAAGGCCACCCUACUGGAAGCUGGAGGUCCACCCUAUUUGAGGCCCCUGGUUCAACGUGAUAAGCUCUACAACUUAAAGGAGAUUACCCGCAAGGCUCAGGGUCCUGGAAAGAUCUUUGCUGUGGGUCCCGGAGCAGGUCCUUGGCCUAUACGUCAUUCAAACUGCGAGGGGAUUUUUAAUUUCUCACUCGAUGAAGAAGAUAAACUCGCUCAAGGUAGUUAUACCGCUACUGUGAGGGGCGAAAAUGAGGAGUGUGUUCUGGAGAGGAUUCCCCAAGACGAACCACGUUGCGCUUUGAUCUUAAAUCUCUUCCUCAGCGAGGGAAAACCAGGUCAGGUACUCAAGAUCACCGCAAAACAGCGAACUGGUGAGCAGAACUUUGUGGAUUGUAUACGAAAGGGAUUAGAGAAGCACUAUGGCGAUAAGGUGGUGGGUUUGGGAGGCAUCUUUGUUAUAAAGAAGGGUUCUGUACACCAGCAUGUGAUGCGGGAUUUCAGCAAGACACCUAUACACACCCAGGAACAGAUAAACAACUGGCUCAAGUUCUACGAAAUGCCCGCCCAACUGAACGCAGUGGGAACUUUGGUGACCAAGGAUAUGGGAUUGGAUCUCAGGCUGCAGCAUUUUCACUCCUUUUCCUUUGAGAACUGGGGGGGUCACUAUCACUACGAUACCACCCCUGAUAUAAUAGAAUACGAGGCCUAUCUAAAUGUGGCUGAGAGGGUUAUACGUGUGGAUAGACCCAUAAAAACUGAUAAUUUAGGAAGAGAUUGA